AUGGUAGGUAAAGACCUUGUUGUUCCUGAUCUUGAGUUAGCAGUUAGGCGUUAUCAAGCUUGUAAUACUCACAAAUUUUUGGAAGUUUGGAGGACUAUCACUUCAAACCAGUAUAUCCUAGACAUGAUUGAACAGGGGGUUAAAAGUGAAUUUAUUAGUGUCCCAGUGUCAUCUUACCACCCAGUGAAGUUUUCACAAGAAGAUUGUAUAACUAUAAGUAAGGAAAUUCUACAACUUUUACAAAAGAAGGCAAUUCAGCAGAUACAAGCAACAAAUAACUGUUUUCUUUUAGGUAUAUUUAUUGUCCCUAAAAAAGAUGGUAGCUCAAGAAUGAUUAUCAACCUUAAACAGUUAAAUAGAUCUGUCAGAUAUCGUCAUUUUAAAAUGGAAACACUGCAAGAUGUUUUAUGUCUUAUCAAACCAGGUGUUUGGAUGGGAAGUAUUGACUUAAAAGACGCAUGCCACAGCAUCGCUUUUCAUAUUGACUUCCAAAAGUUCUUAGCUUUUUCUUGGGAUGGAAAGUUUUACCAAUUUCUAGCUUUACCCUUUGGGUUUGGUCCAGCUGUUAGGAUCUUCACCAAAGUUCUUAAAGCGCCCUUUAAAGUACUAAGAGGGGCGGGUCAUGUAUCUGUUGUAUAUAUAGACGAUUCUUAUUUGCAGGGUGAUACUUAGAAUCAUGCCAAAGAAGCGUUACGGCUACUGUCUCACUUUUGAGCAGCUUAGGAUUUACUGUACAUCCAAACAAGUCAAUUCUAGUGUCUACCCAAUGUAUGGUGUUUUUAGGGGUUGGGUUAAACUCUGCUCAGAUGACAAUAGCCUUAAGCGAGGAAAGGGUCAUAAAAUUAAAGUGUCUAUGUAAGGACUUGCUGUGCAUGCCUCACCCCACAGUUAGGUUUGUUUCCAGGGUUAUUGGAACAUUAGUUUUUGCCUUUGAUGCCGUGAAGUAUGGCAAGUUACAUUACAGGUCCUUGGAGACAGAUAAGAAUCUAGGACUCAAACUAGGCCAUGGAAAUUAUGAUUGAUCUAAUUUUAUCCU